AGCACAAAGUUCAGUGACCGAGUGUUGCAAGAAGGAGAGACAAGAGAACAGGGAGGGCAUCCGUGUUGGCCGUUGAGGAACUGACUGAGCUUGGAUUGGUAUUGGAGGAAGAAAGUGUGAGGAUUUCCCUUGAGAGAAAACUGAGGACAGCUGCUGGGGAUUAGUCACGUUUUUCAAAAUGUCUGCAUCCUUUGAAAUGGAUUAUGCCAUGAAGUCUCUCAGUCUUCUGACUCCAUCUUCCCUGUCAAAGGUUGUGACGUCCAGCGUCUCAGCCAGCGCCUCAAUGACCUCUCAGCUGCUUGCGGGUCGAACGCUUCGACCAAAACCCUUCAGGGUAACGAAUGCGGACCACAGCGUGAAGAAAGGAAUUAUGGCAGAGACGCUUCUAGACCUGAUGAAUAAGGUCAGUGACUCUUUCAGUCUGCAGUGUGUCAGCGCCUUGGUUCUGGACGAGGACGGCACCGAUGUGGAAACCGAGGAGUUCUUCCAAACGCUGCCGGAGAACACGGUUCUGAUGGUUUUGGAGAAGGGACAAAAGUGGAGUGUACAUCCUAACAGCCCCUCCAGACUUCAGACCAUCGAGUGCCUACAGAAGCGCCGCACAGAUGUGGCCAAAGUGACCUUCGACUUAUACAAAAACAACCCCAAGGAUUUCAUUGGCUGCCUUAAUGUGAAAGCAACACUCUACGGCGCUUACACUGUGUCCUACGACCUGCGAUGCUACGCAGCCAAAAAGAUGCUCAAGGAGGCUCUGCGAUGGACCAUCUUCUCCAUGCAGGCCACAGGCCACAUCCUGCUGGGCUCCUCCUGCUACAUCGAGCAGCUGCUGGAGGAAGAGGAGCGUGCCGAAAAGAGGCUGGCGCUGCCACAGGAGAAGCUGGCGCUGCCGCAGGAGAGCCGGAUGCGGCAGCUUCAGAGCAUACUGCUGAGGAAGAGCUCCUACUGAUGAUGAUGCUGCUAUGAAGUCGCAGGCAGACAUGCCAUCUCCUCCUUGAUUAGGUCACAGUGUAGAUUUCACACACUGAACAGAUCCGGUUAGAUUUGUGUCAUACCUUUAAAACUUCACUUUUUUUUUUUUUUUUUUUUUGCUGUUACAGUUUGUUCUGAAUAUUGUAGUUUCUAUGAAUGCACUUUUUUUUCACUUGUGUGUAACUUGUUCCCAUGGAAACGUAAUAAAUAAAAGCACCUUGUUUUAUCUCCGUGCCUGAUGGUGGAGCUGGGUGAGUUGCGCCGCGCUCUGGGAGCCCAUUAAUCCGACUUUAUGCGCCGUUCCAGAUCAUGGUCGCCGUAAUUGGCAACAGGUUCGGCUGUCUCUCUAAUUGUCGCCCGGUCUGUACCGUCCUGUCAGCUGCAGCCUGCAGCUUCGCCUCAGAAAACCGGAGGAAGACGAGGACGGAGGAGUACAGGGAACGACCAGCAGCUGCAGGGAGGGCUGGGGCUGCUGGAUAAAACUGGGGAUGGAAGCAACACUUUUCAGAAAGGUAGCAAAUGAAGCAGGACAGACUUUCUCAAAAUUGGGUGUCUGUGCCCUGAAGAAGAUAAAUGUCAGAGUCAUUAGUUUGUGCAAAUGUGGCACCCUUUCAUGUCAACUGGUUUCUUUUUUCCCCCAGUCUUAUCUGUAUUUUUAAAACAAUUUUUCCACUUUUUUCUUUUUAAUUUAUGGGGAAGAAUUGGUACUUGAAUGCAAAUGUGUGAAUUACAAUAAAUGCUGUGUAUAUGA